UCAGCCACGCGGCUUAACUCACUACGCCGCAAUCUAUAUAUGCAAUUGCUACAACACAACAGACUGCGCUCGGUCGUACAUCAGCCGAAAUAUCGUACAUCUUCAUGAAAAUCAGUCAAGACUACCACGACUUGGGGAAAUACCCCAGUUGUAUCUUAUCCACGAUUAAGCGGGCUCUUGGGCAACAUCACCCAUGUCACAGUGCGCACGUUGAGCCGCCAAUACUCAUGGUCAUGGCUUGGGAAGACAUGCUUUGUGCUUAUCAUGGUACCAACAGACGGGCGGUACGCCAAGUUGUUGGACAUGCAAAAAGUAUAAAGAACCCGCACUCUACGCAGCUCAAGUACCUCACGCUUUUCAGUUGACCACUUCCUCAGUGGAUCAUCAUCAUGAAGUUCGUACUCAGUCUUGCUUGGCUAUCACUCGCUACGUGUGCCACGAUCCGUAGCCCCCAACCCGUCUCAUAUGAUGGCUACCAGGUCCACCGCCUCCAGUCUACUGGGUCUCAGUAUGCGUCAGCAAAGCGGGCGCUUGCUUCCAUUCCUCACGAGACCUUGAACGAAGUUCGUGGAACUUGGGAUGUUCUCAUUGCACCCGAGCAAUUGGACGCCUUCAAUGCACUGGGGCUCAAAUCUCGAACUCUGCACGAGAACCUAGCCGAUUCUAUUGCCCGAGAGUCUUAUGUCAAGAAGGCCUGGAAGAGGCAAUCGAAUGGGUCCGAAGAUGCGUGGUUUGAUAGCUACCAUCCAUAUGAAGACCACAUUAGCUGGUGGCGCGAUUUACAGGAGUCGUUCCCGGAGCACUCAAACUGGACGAGCACUGGAACAUCUUACGAAGGACGCGACAUGUUCGGCGUUCAUCUCUGGGGAGCUGGUGGUCCUGGAAAGCCUGCAGUCAUCUACCACGGUACUGUGCAUGCCCGUGAGUGGAUCACUGCACCAGUCAUCGAAUAUAUCGCGAAGCAGCUUGUCGACGGAUACAAGGCAGGUGACAACGACACGCAAGCCGUCUUGGACAACUACGACUUCUAUAUGUUCCCAUUCGUCAAUCCUGAUGGAUUCGUCUUCUCUCAAACUGACAAUCGCUUGUGGCGCAAGAACCGUCAGCCACCACCAGAAAACGCUGCCAACCAGACGUGCUUUGGUCGUGACGUGAACCGAAACUGGGAGACGAACUGGGAUGCUGACCCGCGCGGAGCUUCGCCAGACCCAUGCUCGCAAACCUACAGGGGAGAAGCGCCCCGCGAUACGCCUGAGAACCAGGGCAUGGACAACCUGAUUCGAAAGAUACGCGAUGAGCAAGGCAUCAAGUUAUACAUCGACUGGCAUAGCUACUCUCAACUUAUACUGUACCCGUUCGGCCACAAAGAAACCCUGUACGCACCAGAACUCGGCAUGUGGACUAAAGCUGCUGCUUUGAUGAGCGAUACCAUCCGCUACUACUCGACCAAUGCAACUACGUACGUCUUCGGUCCUAGCGGAGCGACCUUGUACCCGACGACUGGUGCAUCGAUCGACCAUGUCUACACUAUUGGUCGCGCUAAGUUUUCCAUGACCAUCGAAUUACCCGACACCGGAGACUUUGGUUUCGUUCUGCCCCCGGAGAGGAUCCGACCUGCGGCGGAGGAACAGUGGGUUGGUCAACAAGUGAUCCUCCAACUUUUGGACGAGGAGUUCUUCGAUGGAGAUGGCCCAGCGAUUGGUGCCUUGGGUACGACCUGGUAGAAAUGAGUAGAUAUUACUCAAACUUGUUAUGUCCAGCGGUGAAGGUGAAACUACUAUCUCUUUUCAUCCUCACCUUCUUCUCCACAAAUUUUAGCAUCGC